AUGUCAGAAAAAGAUGACAAGUCACAAACAUCAAUGCUUCUACACGUAAUUGGUGAUGCUGCCUUGGAAUUGUAUAAUACAUUUGUAUUUGCCAAGGAUGAGAGCAUGAAGCUUGAGAAAGUGUUGGACAAAUUUGAGGAAUAUUACAUGCCAAAACGUAAUCUAACGUAUGAGAGACAUGGAUUUUUCACAAGAUGUCAAUUAGAGCAUGAGAGUGUUGAUCAGUAUGCAACUGAAUUGCGAAGUCGUGCACAGUCAUGUGAGUUUUCUUCGUUGAAAGAGAGUCUUAUACGGGACAGAAUUAUCUGUGGUAUCUUAGACGAUGGUCUAAGAGAGUUUUUGUUGAGGCUAGACGAUCUCACAUUGGAUAAAACGUUGCAAGUGUGUCGGGUGGCUGAACAAACUCGAACGCAGGCCCAAGCGUUGAGUUCCACCGGAGAAAAUGCCUCAAUUCCGGUUGAUUCUCUCGGCAAGAAUAAGAAAUCUCCUGGUAAAAAGUCAAACCAAACAAGACAAACAAAACCUCAAGAUCGUACUAACAAUAAAACAUGUACAAGAUGUGGUAAUAGACAUACCAAAGAAAAAUGUCCUGCACAAGGUAAAACAUGUGAAAAGUGCGGUAAGCAAAAUCAUUUUGCUAAGUGUUGUUGUACCCCGGUAGCAAAAGUCAAUGAAUUGCAAUACUUAAAGGUAGAUUCAGACGGUUUCAUGAUUUGUUCAGUUGAUUCACAGGAACAUGAAUCAAAGGAAGAGUGGAAAGUCAAUUUGAGAGUCAAUAGUGAGCCAGUUGAGUUCAAGAUAGAUACUGGAGCUCAGGCUAAUAUUCUCCCUGAAACAAUCUAUCACAAAUUGAAACCGAAACCAAAACUACAAAAAGCCAAAGUGAAGUUAACAGGUUACUAUGAGACAAACAUUCCAGUAAAAGGUCGUUGUUAUGUCCAAAUGGAGUACAAAGGAAUAAAACACAGUGUUCAAUGUUUAAUCAUUCCUGGAAAUCUUCAACCAUUGCUAGGUCUCAGGACUAGUGAAAAGUUGUAUCUAGUAAAACGCGUCUAUCAUGUUGAUAAACAAACAGAGAUAAAAACAGGCAAAACUGUAGUGCAAGAUUAUGACAAUGUAUUUGUAGGAUUAGGAUGUCUUCCAGGCAAACACCACAUCACAUUGAAAGACAGUGCACAAUCAGUUCAACAUGCAUGUCGCAAAGUUCCAUUUCCACUUCAAAAGAAACUAAAAGAGGAGCUAGAUAAGAUGGAAAACAUGGAUGUAAUCAAACAGGUUGAUGAACCGACAGAUCGGGUGUCUUCUCUUGUUGUAGUCAAGAAAAAGAAUGGUCAACUCAGAGUCUGUCUAGAUCCACGUGAUCUAAAUCGAGCAAUCAAAAGAGAACACUAUAAAUUGCCUUCUAGAGCUGAAAUAACCUCUUAG